AUAUAUAAACUUGAUAGCCAGUAAUCACAGAAUGUUUGACUGGUAUUAGAAAUUUUGCUGAGGUUUGCCAGUAAUGAGAUCUGAAGGUCUGCAGCUGUUUUAUGGGCUGCACCAGGUGAGCUCCCUGUUUCACUGAAAUUGAAGAUUCUCUGAGUGUUUACAUGUUUUUAAAAUAGUUUCUGUGUUUUAGACCAUUUUAUUGCAAACAAACAGAACUCUGUUUGAAGAAGAAAGUUUCUUCUUCAAAAAGGAAGCUUCUGAGAAGAAACUGAUUGUAGGUGGGGUUAUACAACACUUAGUUCAUAUGUUGGGACUACUGCCACCUCCAAAAAUUCCUGAGAAGGAAAGCAGGUACUCUUCUAGUGAAGCAUUUAAAGGAUAAAGCUUCUGAAGCUUUUUCAAGUGGCUAAAAAAAAAAAAUGUCCUACAAUGAUUUUCAUGGAAAAAGGGUAAUGGGGGAAAAUAAUGGAGUAUUCCAUAUAUGGAAACUGGAAAAAGGUGCACUCAGAGAAAGCUACUACCAGUUGCAAAACUGUAACCUUUACAGCAUAAUAUAUCGAAGUUUAUCUCACUAGCAUAUUAAUACCAGUAGAUGCUUUACCUUAAUCAUGUAUGAUUUCAAACUAAAAAAAAAAAAAAAAUCAACCAUACUGAUAGCUGUGAGCAGAAGUUUCUAGGAAGGGUGCACAAAUUCCCUCCAUCAAUCUAGAAAUUACAACGUUAAUAUAAUUUAAAAAUCUGUGUAACUGUCUCUCUCCAAGCAUCCUUAGAUAUAUAUGAAAGAAAUAAUGUAGCUACACUACACAGAAGUGUAGGAAGAAGAACUUCAGAGGUUCCGUGAUGAGGUUCUCAAACCUGUUCUUGCAAAGCUCAGUGAUAGCAAGGAUGUAAUGUCCUGCCUUGUGAGGUACAGAGGCUACCUGAAAAAGUAAUCAAGAAAUCUGUAGCUGCAAACUAAGCCUAUAAUUUUCUUUCUUCUCUGACAUGCACCUUUUUUUAACAAAAGAUGUACACAUCUGUAGGCUGUUGUCAUGGUUGUAGUAGUAAUCUUUCUCAGAUGAAAUAAGUCUGAACCUUCUUACAUAGUUUUUAAAAACCUUCUCAUUUCUUUUUCCUGUUGGUCUUCUCUGGACCCUUUCAAGUAUGAUGAAGUCCAUUUCAAAGACAUGAUUUUAGCUUAAACCAGCAUGUACUUUAACAAAUUUUAUUCCUGUUAUAUUUACUGCUGUAUCCAUAAAGACUGAUGUGCCUGUCUAACUUCAGAGUUAUUUGUUUCAGUGGAGUUAUCAGUGCCCAAAGUAAGCAUGCACACAGAGCUUAAUCAGAAUACAGCCUCAAAAAAUCUUAGUGAAGAUAAAUAAGGAAAACAAAAGCUAAUAAUUUUCACGCUUACUAGAUUUGCUUUUCCAGCAGUUUAUUCAUAAUUCUGUUCUAGAAAUGUGGAUCUUCCUUGAGACUUUCCUCUGUCCUCAGCUUUUAUCCGAGUGUCUGACUCACUUAAAAGAUAGUGUCUUCUAGUGUCAUUUCAGAACUGAAUCAACUUUUUACAGAUAAUCACUAACACUUUUGGAAUUACAUAGAAAUACAUAUGAAAAUAACACAAAUACUUUUUAAACUGUGCAGAUUUCUACAAAAGUUGACACAAACUGCUUAUGCAGUAUAUCCUGUCCAAAAGAUAAAUCAUUCUGCAAUACAAAUAACAUCUCUGAAUAUUGUAAUUUGCAUGAAUUUUUUUGUGUAAGGUAAGGAAGGUUACUAUGUAAGACCAGUGCUACUUAUAUAUGGAUGCACAAAUGUUUUUCAUAUACCUUACAGGAUAAUCAACGAUUCUGAGAGAACUUAUUGCAGAAAAAACACUAUUUUCUAGCACAGGGGAAUGAAUUAAUGCCGCACACCAAAAAAUACGCUUAAUCCUGUUUUUUUUUCUUAAACAGGAGAAAGAUGGGGUGAGAUUUCACUAAACUAAUGGGUGAAAGAGGCAAAAACUGGACUUUGCACGUAUAAUGGGUAAAUUUAUCUGAUUUGAAUUAUACAAAAUAAUAGGUUCGUUCUAUUCAAGUCUCAUCCCAGACCCACCCCCCUUUUCCAGCCCUAGGGGAGGGAGCGUUAAAUAAUGGUCUGUGUAAACUGAUGCUCAUGCAGUAAGAGUUUGGAGAAGUGCUGCUUGUACAAGUUAAAGCAGGCACUGAAGAAAGAGCAACCAAAUAAAAAGCAGCUGCAGGAGCAAAGUGGACCCUUCUGAAAUUAAAAGGCAUGUCUUUCUUCACCAGAGUUUUGACGAUGAAAUGCAAGCAGACACUUGAAUGUGAGAGGACUUACUUUUACCAGGCGCUUCUGGCCAGCAGCAGGUUUCCCGGGCAGCCGCGGCCGUGCAGCAGCCAGCCGCUGGAGGUGCGGAGCAGCCCGCGGGCAGCGGCGGGGAACAAAGGCGAGGGGCGCGGAGCCGAGCUGCUGCAGCCCCCCCCGCGCCGCCUGGGCAGGGUGAAGAGCCUGCACGAAAUGCCCGGCCCCAACACCCUCUACAACCUCUACGAGUUCUUUUGGAAGGACGGCUUCGGCCGCAUCCAUGAAAUCCAGCAAAAACACACUCAGGAAUAUGGAAAGAUCUUCAAGUCUCACUUUGGUCCCCAGUUUGUUGUAUCCAUUGCAGAUCGAGACAUGGUUGCUCAAGUGCUCCGAGCAGAAGGCAGAGCACCACAAAGAGCCAACAUGGAAUCCUGGCAGGAGUACAGAGAUUUACGGGGGAGAGCCACGGGGCUCAUUUCUGCGGAGGGGGAGCAGUGGCUAAAAAUGAGAAGUGUUCUGAGGCAAAAAAUUCUGAAACCCAAAGACGUGGCUGUUUACUCUGAAGGAGUCAAUGAAGUUAUCACAGACUUAAUUAAAAGAAUCCACACCCUCAGAAGUCAGGAGGAGGAUGGGGAAACAGUGACCAAUGUUAACAACCUUUUCUUCAAGUAUUCGAUGGAAGGGGUGGCGACUAUUCUGUAUGAAUGCCGGCUGGGCUGCCUGGAAAACAACAUCCCACAGCAGACUGUUGAAUAUAUUGAGGCUCUGGAAUUGAUGUUUAGCAUGUUUAAGACUACUAUGUAUGCAGGUGCUAUUCCCAAAUGGCUUCGUCCACUUAUUCCAAAACCCUGGAGAGAGUUCUGCAGAUCCUGGGAUGGACUCUUCAAAUUUAGUCAAAUCCAUGUUGACAACAAAUUGAAGGCUAUUCAGUCUCAGCUGGACCAAGGAGAAGUAGUGAAUGGUGGGCUACUUACACACCUCCUAGUGAGUAAGGAACUUACUUUGGAAGAGAUCUAUGCCAACAUGACUGAAAUGCUUCUGGCAGGAGUGGACACAACUUCUUUCACUUUGUCCUGGGCCAUAUACUUGUUGGCAAAGCACCCAGAGGUGCAGCAACGUGUUUAUGAGGAAAUAGUCAAUAAACUGAGAAAAGAUCAAGUUCCAGUGGCUCGUGAUGUCCCAAAAUUGCCUUUGAUUAGAGCUGUUCUGAAAGAAACCUUGAGGUUAUAUCCAGUAUUGCCAGGAAAUGGAAGAGUGACCCAAAAAGACUUGAUCAUUGGAGGAUACUUGAUACCUAAAGGGACCCAGCUGGCACUUUGUCAUUAUGCUACUUCAUACAGUGAAGAAAAUUUCUCAGCAGCAAAUGAGUUCCGACCAGAGCGCUGGCUGAGGAAAGAUAAUUUGGACAGAGUAGACAACUUUGGCUCCAUCCCCUUUGGUUAUGGCAUUAGAAGUUGUAUAGGAAAAAGAAUUGCAGAGCUGGAAAUCCAUCUUGCACUGAUUCAGCUACUUCAGAAUUUUGAAAUCAAAAUUUCUCCCAAAACUGAACCAGUUCAUGCCAAAACUCAUGGACUUUUGACUCCUGGAAAUUCCAUCAAUGUCAGAUUUUCUGACAGGAAGUGAAACCCAAAUGUUUUGGAAGUCCUUAUACAAUUUUCAUGGAAACAGGUUUGGAUUUUGUGGAAGUUUAAAAUAUGCUUGUUCUCUGGUUUGCAGGUAUUUAACAAUAUCAUGAAGUAUUAUGUGCUGCCUUAGUUCUAGCAGUACAUAAGAGCAAUUACCUCUCCUGUAACAGUUAAUUACACAUAUGAAAAUAUGUACCAAAAAGAUUCCUUCUUGCACUGGGAAUCUCCUUUUAUCUGGGAGAAUUCCUUGUAACAACAACACAUGCAUUGAAAAAAGCCAACCAAAAGUAAAUUCAGACAUGUCAGUAUCAUUCAGUGGUUUUGUUACGCUGCUACUCGGUGAGUGUAUUUAAGAGCAAGGGGAUUAUUAUGUAAUAUGUCGAAAUUAGCUGCAUGUGUAAGUUUGUAUUUUCCUGUUUCUUGCCCUCCAGUGUUUUUUAAAAGUUUCCAUGUAACAAUGAAAUUGUGAGAUAAUUUUUUUAAUAUGUGAAAACAUUUACUCUGCAUGUAUUAAAAAAAAAAAUCCAGUAAUAUGAAAAGUAAGGAUAGAAAAAAAUACAACUUAAAUCACGUUGUUUAAACUUGAAAUACAGAACAUAUACAAAUUUAGCUAAACAUAAUCCCCAUAAAAUAUUUCUAUAUAGUUUAAAAAAUGGAAAGUCUUAAAAAUGAAAGUUUAAAUGUCACAUUGGAAAGCUUGAAGCCAGGCAUUGUUCUCAUCACCAAAGCACAAGCCACUUUCAUUGUUCUAGCUAAUAUGCCAAAUCCAAAUGUAAAUAUUAAAAGAAAGUCAUUGUUACAUUUUUAUCAUUUAAUUAAAAUACUACUUUUAUCUUUAUACUGUUCUUCAACAGUAAGAACUGGAAACAGUAAGUUUUAUUGUUCUUCAGCAGUAAGAACUGGAAGCUUCCCAUUUUAACUUGCUGAACCCAUAGGCAAAUACAGAGUUCUGUAGGAUGGAAAUGUGACUACUGAAGUAUUCAGAGAAGUUCUUUUACUGUCUAGUGCCUAACAGAAAAAGUGGACACCUGGGAGUUUGGGUUUGGUCUUUUGGGGGUUGUUUUGUUUGUUUGGUUGUGUUUUUUUAAUUAUUAUUACUUUUCCUAUGACAGCCAACAGAAAACUCUCCCUUGCACGAUACUUUGGAUAACAUUAGUAUUACUGCACUAACCUUACAUUCCCAUUUUUGAGAGAAAUGUGUGUCCACGUUAUGCCUUGAGCAAUGCUCAAACCUGCUAUCCUAAUAUGAUACAUAUUAUGUAUAGUUAACUGUUUACAUGUCAGGCUCUGACUGUUUUUUGGGAGGUAGUUUACAUACUGACAAUCAUAAAUAUUUCAGCUAAAUAAACUUAGCGAAACUUUUGCAAUUUUUAAAAAAAAUUACAAAAUUUUUCUUUGUCUAGCCUUUGGAAGACAAAGACAGGUUAGAAAUGAAAUAACACUGUAGUUUUAAUGGUGUACAUGAAAUUUCACCUUGCUACCUAGCUACUACUAUCAAACAGUUAUAGUAUUUUGAUUCCUUUUUGUGGUGCCUUUUCAAGGUUUAGAGCAAAGAGAACCAAAAUCUCCUUUGCAUGGAUCUCCUAUACAAAAUAAUAACACUAAAGAAAAUUCAUCUGACCUAUGGGAGGAUUAAAUGCUUACAUAAGGACUUUAAAAUGUUAUUCUUGUGUUGACCAUAUAUGUGUACUGUAAGAAAACUAGGUAUCCUAUUGGGAGUAUUUUCCUUGAACAAACCUGCCUUCUGAUUUUUCCAGGGCUUUCAAUUAUUCCAUCUUUCUUGGUUUUGUUGGUUCUUUUUUCUUUCCCAUUGUUAUUUUCAAUGAAGAAAUUUGUAUUUUCCAGAGCCAGCUGACAUCCCAAAGGAGAUGUUUUGCAAAAUCUGUUUAAAAGUCUAUGGACUGAGUAUUUGACUCCAUAACUCUGCCUGGUUUUGUUGACUUGGAGACAAGGAGCUCCUGCCUUGAAUCCAAAUUUGGAUGCCAUAUGGUGCCUUCCUUUUCCUCUGUCAUAACAUCAUUAGAAACACCAGCCACUGCUAUGUUGCAGUACAUUUGCUGCUUGGUAUGGGUCCUUAAGUAAAAUGUCAGUGCAGAAGAUGGAAGAGACAUUCUAAAAUGCUUUUUAUAGCAUUUGAAUCUUUUAAUGAAAACAGCCAGUAUUUGUUCUAAUAGAGCACCUAUCCAUGUAAGUUGUCUUUUAUACAUAAUAAAAUAUUUAUAUAGAA